AUGGAUCCGGGAGGUGGACUCUGGGACUGCAGCAUCGGCGAAUUUUGGUACCGGCGGCUUAGGCCCACGCGGCUCACAGCCCGGGGCGUCUCUCCUGCUCAUGCGUCGUCCUUACACCAGCUCGGUAUCUCCUCGGCCUUGGACCCCACCCGCUGCAAGGCGCAGAGACGUUGGGGUCCUCCAAGCCAGGCUGGCCUGGAGGGAAGACGGGUUCCCCCUGGGGAGGAGAACUGCGGUCUCCUGGAGGAAUAUUCCAGCGCCUUCGUGGUCGCCCAGGUUCUCUUCUCCGCCUGUGAGCUGGGAGUCUUUGACCUUCUGGCCGAGGUCCUGGAGGCCCUGGGCUCGGCUGCAGUGGCUGCACGUCUGGGCGUCAGCUCCCGGGGGACAGAGCUACUGCUGCAUGCCUGUGUGUCCCUGAAGCUGCUUCAAGUGGAAGUGAGGAGAGAAAAAGCUGUGUAUGAAAACACAGAGCUCGCCAGCACCUACCUGGCCAGAGCCAGCCCCAAGUCCCAGCAGGACAUGCUGCUGUACGCGGCCAGGACCACCUACCUGGGCUGGGGCCACCUGGCCGCGCGGCUGUCAGGUGGGAGGAACCGGUAUCUGAAGGCCUUUGGGGUUCCCUCCGAGGAGCUCUUCACUGCCAUCUACAGGAAGAAGAUGGAUAUCCCAACAGCAGUGAGAAUCCUCUGGGCGGGGUUGCAGGCUGGUCUGCUGAAACUCCGAGAGCAGAGUCUUCUCACGCUGCCUUCCUGGUGGAGGAAAACACCGUGUGAGCCUGCAAGGAUCAGGAGAGUUUACUGGGGUCCUGGGGGGCAGAUGUCACUCCUCCGUUGUGAUGCUGGCGGGGAUGAGAAGGAAGGCCGGCCAAGCCUGCACGUUGGACACUGGGAAGCUCCCAGAACAGACGCAGGACUGGGUGGUUCCGGGGCUGUGGCCAAGGUGUGCAUGUCUCUGUACCCGGGGUCUCAGGUCACCGUGUUUGACAUCCCGGACGUGGUCCAGAUGGCAAAGAGGCACUUCUCAUUCCCGGAGGAUGAACGGAUCGGCCUCUGUGAAGGAGAUUUCUUUAAAGACUGCCUUCCAGAGCCGGAUCUGUGCAUCCUGGCCAGGGCCCUGCAUGACUGGACGGAUGAGAAGUGUUCACACUUGCUGGUGAGAAUCUGUCAAGCCUGCAAGACAGAUAUGUGGUAG